GUAUUUUUAAAUGCAAUUCUCUAACUUUAUUUGUAAUCAAGAGUUUAAAAGGAUCAAGCCACGCUUUAGUCCAACUAAUGUUUCUAAAUUGAGCAUUAAAAAAAAUCGCACGCGGCAUUAUUUUCUUAACUCUAUAAGAGAAUCUCUGUUUUGCAGGGAUUCUAGUACCAACUGGGGCAUAUUGGCAGCGUAUAGCGAGCGGUCGGAUAAACGACGUCUCGACUUGGACCGUUAUUGCAUGCAACAAUUAACGUUUCCCACUUUUGACCAGAGGGAGACGCCAAAGUACAAGAGUUGUGCCGCAGCAUCCUUCGUCAUGGUGCGGUACGCGAUGGCGGCGGCACUUGAUCGCGUGCCGCAUACACUGAAAUAUGGACGUGAUCACAUACUGUUGUGAUUUUAUUUCCUUAAUAUUACCACAUCCCGGCUGUUUAUAAAUGAAUUAGUUACACAGCGCUGCAAGAAAUCUUAGUGUGUGCUCGUGCGUCAAUCAGAAACACAAGGUCAAUGCACCAAUCACCGUUUCUCUUGUUUUAUUAGAAAUUGUGGAAUGACGACCGUAUCACUGUUUCAAUGAUUUCGUACGGAGGCUCUCUGGCACGAUCCCCCCUCCCCGCAUUUGUGUGGGCAGGCGCAACCUCCCUCCUCCAUGCGUAAAAUAUGUAGGGCAUGCUUUGCCACCUCCAUUUGAGAAAACCAAAACCGGUAAAUAUACUGUACUGCGUGUGGAAGGGAGAGCGAGCCAUCUUAGCCACCCUCCUCGUCGUCAACCUUUAUCAGCGUCUCAAGUGAAGAAGAGCAACACAUUUAGAAGGAGGAGGAAGAAAAGAUGGACAUUACCGACCAGGGUGCUCAAAUGGAGCCUCUAUUGCCAGCGGAACAAAGUGCGCAAGAAACUAAAAAUGUGAGGACUGAUGAGGAAGCAGUGGUGGACCGCGGUGGAACCCGCUCCAUGCUGAACACCAACUUUGAGAAGGAAGAACUAGAAGGUCACCGUACUCUGUACAUUGGGGUACAUGUUCCUCUGGGUCGGAGAUCACAUCGCCGCCACCGUCACCACGGCCAUAGACACAGGAAGCGGUCCAAGGAGAGGGACUCCACAACUGAUGAUGGACGAGAAUCCCCCUCACACAAAGACACACCAGCCCAGAGGGUGCAGUUCCUCUUGGGGACAGAGGAUGGCGAUGAGGAGCACAUCCCGCACGCCCUGUUCACCGAGCUGGACGAAAUCUGCCUCAGGGAGGGGGAGGAUGCAGAAUGGAAGGAGACUGCCAGGUGGCUGAAGUUUGAGGAGGAUGUCGAGGAUGGCGGCGAGCGAUGGAGUAAGCCUUACGUGGCCACGCUGUCUCUACAUAGUUUAUUUGAGCUGCGAAGCUGCAUUAUGAAUGGCACUGUAAUGCUGGACAUGAGAGCAAAUUCGUUGGAGGAGAUUGCAGACAUGGUCCUGGAUCAGCACGAAGUGUCUGGCCAAUUGGGUCAGGAUGCCAGGAGGAGGAUCCGUGAGGCCCUGCUCAAGCAGCAUCAUCACCAGAACCACAAGAAGCUUGCCAACCGAAUCCCGAUUGUCCGCUCCUUUGCAGACAUUGGCAAGAAGCAAUCAGAACCUCAUUCCAUGGAUAAGAACGGCCAAACAGUUUCAUCUCAGUCCCAGUCAGCCAGCACCGAGGGUAAACAGGAUGUCAGCAGAGAAAACAGCGCCGUCGACUUCAGCAAGAUUGACCUUCACUUCAUGAAAAAGAUCCCACCUGGUGCAGAGGCCUCCAAUAUCCUGGUUGGGGAGUUGGAGUUUCUCGAACGCCCUGUGGUGGCCUUCGUCCGCCUGGCACCUGCUGUGCUGCUCAGUGGCCUGGCUGAGGUUCCCAUCACCACCAGGUUUCUUUUCAUCCUGCUUGGGCCUUUGGGAAAAGGUCCGCAGUACCAUGAAAUUGGACGGUCUAUUGCAACCCUAAUGACUGACGAGGUUUUUCACGAUGUGGCUUAUAAAGCCAAAGACAGAAAUGACCUUGUGGCUGGUAUUGAUGAGUUCUUGGACCAGGUGACAGUGUUACCCCCUGGAGAAUGGGAUCCCUCCAUCAGAAUAGAACCUCCCAAAAAUGUGCCCUCUCAGGAAAAGCGCAAGCUUCCUCCUCUUCCAAAUGGAGUCACAGAUCUGGUUGAGUCAGAGGAACACGGAGGCCACGGUGGCCCUGAGCUUCAACGCACUGGAAAGCUGUUUGGCGGUUUAAUCUUUGACAUCAAGCGGAAGGCCCCUCACUACCUUUCUGACUACACUGAUGCCCUUAGCCUGCAGUGUCUGGCCUCCUUCCUCUUCCUUUACUGCGCUUGCAUGUCACCUGUCAUCACCUUUGGAGGUCUUCUCGGUGAGGCUACCGAAGGACGUGUGAGUGCUAUCGAGUCCUUGUUUGGGGCUUCCAUGACUGGAAUUGCCUAUUCGCUUUUUGCUGGGCAGCCACUUACAAUCCUUGGCAGCACCGGUCCAGUCCUUGUGUUUGAGAAGAUCCUCUUCAAGUUCUGCAAGGACUAUGGCCUCUCCUACCUCUCCCUGAGGGCCUGUAUAGGCCUUUGGACGUCCUUUUUCUGUCUCCUGCUUGUGGCCACAGAUGCCAGCUCGCUUGUUUGUUACAUCACACGAUUCACAGAGGAGGCAUUUGCUGCCCUGAUUUGCAUCAUAUUCAUCUACGAGGCCCUGGAGAAACUGAUCCACCUGGGCGUGCACUACCCCAUCAAUAAAAACAACAACCUUCAGAAACUAACACAGUAUUCUUGCACUUGUGUAGAGCCCAGAGAUCCCAGCAAUGAAACCCAGCUGUUUUGGGAGGAGAGGAACAUCACAGCCUCCCAGGUCAACUGGACCACGUUGGAAGUUCAGGAGUGCGAAGAGCUGCACGGGGACUUCGUGGGCAGCGCCUGUGGUCCCCACGGCCCUUACAUUCCUGACGUCCUAUUCUGGUGUGUGGUCCUCUUCUUCUCUACCGUCUUCAUGUCCGCCUUCCUCAAGGAGUUCAAGACAAGGCGCUACUUUCCUACCAAGGUGCGGGCCAUCAUCAGUGACUUUGCAGUCUUCAUCACUAUCCUGACCAUGGUUCUAGUUGACUACGCUCUGGGCAUUCCCUCACCCAAGUUACAAGUUCCCAACAAGUUUAAGCCAACCAGGGAUGAUCGAAGUUGGAUUAUCAACCCUGUGGGCCCCAACCCAUGGUGGACCACGAUCAUCACCUUCAUUCCUGCUCUGUUGUGCACAAUCCUCAUUUUCAUGGACCAACAGAUCACGGCUGUUAUUAUUAACAGGAAGGAACACAAACUGAAGAAAGGCUGUGGCUACCACCUAGACUUGUUCGUGGUCGGGGUGAUGCUGGGCGUGUGCUCUGUGAUGGGCCUGCCGUGGUUCGUGGCCGCCACUGUGCUUUCUAUCUCUCACGUGAACAGCUUGAAGCUGGAGUCUGAAUGCUCUGCACCCGGAGAGCAGCCUAAGUUCCUGGGCAUCCGUGAGCAGCGCUUUACUGGGCUCAUGAUCUUCACCCUGAUGGGCUGCUCUGUUUUUAUGACCUCUGUGUUGAAGUUCAUCCCGAUGCCUGUGCUUUAUGGAGUGUUUCUCUACAUGGGGGCGUCUUCACUCAGAGGCAUCCAGUUCUUUGACCGUCUCAAAUUGUUUGGAAUGCCGGCCAAACAUCAGCCUGACUUCAUUUACCUUCGCCACGUUCCACUGAGGAAGGUGCACCUGUUUACCAUCAUCCAGCUCAGCUGUUUGGUGCUGCUGUGGGUCAUCAAGACCUCAAGAGCUGCCAUCGUUUUUCCAAUGAUGGUCUUGGCACUCGUCUUCAUCCGAAAGCUCCUGGACUUCAUCUUCACUAAGAGAGAUCUGAGCUGGUUGGAUGACUUGAUGCCAGAAUGGAAGAAAAAGAAGCUAGAAGAUGCCGCACAAGAGGAGGAACACAGUAUUAUUGUAGAAGAAGAAGGCAUUGUGCAAGUUCCACUUGAAGGCCACUUCAAGAGCGACCCUGCUACAGUGAACAUCACUGAUGAGAUGUCGAAAGGUUCCUUUGGCAAUGUUUGGAAGGUUGUGAACCCCGUGGAAAAGGAUCCGGCUGCUAAAAGUUUACCCAAGAAAGUUGAGAAGCGCCACAAGCGUCGGAGGCACGACAAAAGCUUGGACCGGGAGACAAGUUUGUGAUGACACACACUGGCAGACAAUGCCAUCGUUUUGUCUCUUUUGUUCUUUGAGAAAAAAAAAACUGUGCCACACUCCACCACCUUUGUACUGUGUGUGAUACACUGUUUUUUUUUUGUUGUUAUCCGUGUCGUGUGCAACUUGUGAAUAAAUUAUGACAUUAGAAACAACGUCAGCGACGAUACUAAAAAGUCAGUGCACAUUUGUGCGAAACCAGCAACAAACGGGCCAACUAAAAGACACUUUUUGAAAACGCUUUGAUUGCAUUUUAUAUGUUUCGCCUGUACCAUUUAUAAAAUCCCGCCUCAGCAAAAUCGUUAAAUUGCUUAAAUACGUAAUGGACGUUAUGGUAGAAUUUAGGAUUUCUGUGGAAAGUUUAUCUCAAGCAAAUCUUUUUGUGGGGGGCAAGGGGGGGUAAUAUUAUAUAAAAUCUCAUAUAUAUAUUCUGCAUAUUUUCGGGGGGUGAUGUUAGAGCUGUUUUUUUUUUUCCUUCAUUGUUGUCAAGGUAGCACAUGAGCUUAGCCUCCUUUGGCUACUUGCUACUUGGUCUUUUUCUUUGUUCAUCGUUGCUGAUCUUUCGAGUGGCUUGUUCCAAAGUCUUCACCGCUGUCAGUACGUGUCAUCCACGGACCUACGCUGUCCUCUGUGUUGUGUUGGCGUUCAAAAUGAUUUUUAGUACUUCUAGGGAUGCAAUAAUACUUUUUUUCUGCAAAGUAAGGGCAACCUGUAAUAUGUGCUGAACAAUUUUAACACUGUAUAAUGCAUACUAUAUUUUCCUUCAUUCAGUGUUACUAAUAUAUUAUUAAAAAUGACGUCCAAGGCAUUUUUCAGAUGUAGAUGUUUUUUUCCCCUCAGUGUCUGAUGCUUCUCUCGAUGCUUCGACAAACUAAUAAGAAGUCAAAGUUAUAUCAAUAUCACAUAUUUUGACUGCAUCCGUGUGUAUUUGAUUUGUAUUUUAUUUGCCUUAAUCUUUGAGAGAUGAUCGCCAUGUGCAUUUGGUUGGCAAUUUGAUCGGAAAUUGUGAAGUAAUCAGUUUCAAUUUGUUAAAUUGUGGUUUUGUUCAGCCGAACGAGAAGGAUAUAGUCAAGAGUGUCUAUAAACAUUUAAAUAAACAUACAUGAAAUUA